AUGGCCUGCUCGCUGGUCUUCUGUCACGCCGUCAUACGAUUCGUGGACUCGUGUACUUCAUACUUAACAGAUAUAGUAUGGUGGUCUGGCACUAUUGCAAUGGCUCUGGGUCAAAUAGGCAAUUUCUUGGCCUACACUGCAGUCCCAACUGUGCUAGUGACGCCCUUGGGAGCUCUUGGCGUUCCAUUUGGGUCCAUUUUAGCUUCUUACUUACUGAAAGAAAAACUGAACAUUCUUGGCAAGCUGGGAUGUUUGCUGAGCUGCGCUGGGUCUGUUGUUCUCAUCAUCCAUUCCCCAAAGUCCGAGAGUGUAACGACUCAGGCUGAGCUUGAAGAGAAGCUUACAAAUCCAGUUUUCGUGGGUUAUCUCUGCGUAGUACUGCUAAUGCUUCUCCUGCUUAUCUUCUGGAUAGCUCCAGCUCAUGGACCUACCAAUAUCAUGGUUUACAUCAGUAUUUGCUCUCUGUUGGGCAGUUUCACUGUUCCCAGCACAAAAGGCAUUGGGCUGGCUGCUCAAGAUAUCUUUCACAAUAACCCCUCGAGUCAAAGGGCUCUGUACCUCUGUCUGGUACUUCUGGCAGUAUUGGGAUGUAGCAUUAUCAUUCAGUUCAGAUACAUUAAUAAGGCAUUGGAAUGUUUCGACUCGUCUGUGUUUGGUGCCAUCUACUAUGUUGUGUUUACCACCCUAGUCUUGCUGGCUUCAGCUAUCCUUUUCAGGGAAUGGAGUAAUGUAGGAGUGGUAGAUUUCUUGGGAAUGGCUUGUGGAUUCACCACAGUGUCUAUUGGAAUUGUUCUUAUACAAGUCUUCAAGGAAUUCAACUUCAAUAUUGGGGAUUUAAAUAAACCUAACAUGAAAACAGAUUAA